CCUUGAUUUGCACUACAAGGCAACAUGGCGGAUAGUAGUGAACUUUUUAUUUUCGGAGACGAUUUUGAUGCCAUUUUAGACAUUUUAGAAGAAGAAGAAGAGCUAGAUGAAUACUUUACAGAAGCUGCUGACGAUGUCGAAUUCGAUGACUUAGUAUGCGAACUGUGUUCCAAGAAGUGCAAAAGCAAGAGUGGGUUAAAGCGACACAAAACAGCGAAGCACAAAGACCAAAAUAGUGCAGAUUCGUCCGAAAAGCCAAGGGAAACAGAGCAGUUCACCUUCGAGAUUUAUUGUGAAAUCAUCCACAAAGCAAAAGCCAAAAUAGUUGGAUAG